AUGUCAGUUGUCAACCAUACACAAUUCAACUAUGCCGUGUUCCUUCUUACUGGGAUAUCAGGGCAGGAAGAUGUCCGCCUCUGGAUCGCUAUCCCCUUCUGCUUAGUAUAUAUUAUUUGUAUAUUAGGAAAUUCCAUCAUUUUGUUCAUUAUAAAAACAGACCCAAGCCUCCAUGAGCCCAUGUACAUUUUCCUUUCCAUGUUGGCCCUCACAGACCUUGGCUUAUCGAUAGCCACUACUCCGACGAUCCUGGGCGUGUACUUGUUUAACUCCAGGGAGAUCAGCCUCCAUGCCUGUAUUGCCCAGAUUUACUUCAUUGCUGCACUUCAAUGCACGGAAUCUGCCGUGCUCUUGGUGAUGGCCUUCGACCGCUUCAUCGCCAUCUGCAACCCGCUGAGAUAUGCCUCCAUCUUAACCCUGCCGAGAAUAGGCAAGAUGGGGCUGGUGUGCGUGCUAAGAUCAGUUCCCGCAAUACUCCCACUUCCCCUUCUUCUGAGGCAGUUUGAGUACUGUCGAGGAAAUGUCCUCUCCCAUUUCUACUGCCGCAACGAGGACAUCAUGAAGUUGGCUUGUUCGGACACCAGAGUCAACAGCAUCUAUGGCUUGUCUAUUGAAAUCUUAACGAUGGGUUUAGACUCGCUGCUCAUCUUCCUCUCUUACAUGAUGAUCCUGAAAACAGUGCUGAGCAUCACUUCCCACACGCAGUGCCUCAGGGCCCUGAACACCUGCAUCUCCCACCUCUGUGUCGUCCUACUCUUUUACUCACCAGAGAUCAUCUUGUCUUUUUUACACAGAUUUGCAAAGGGUGCCUCUCCCUUGCUUCCGAUUCUCCUGAGUUACAUCGCCCUGCUGGUGCCACCGCUGAUGAACCCGAUUGUGUACAGCGUGAAAAGCAAGGACCUUCGUGCGAGGCUAAUCAGGGUGUUUUCGAAGGGAAGGGCCCAUUCAUAA